CAUCAUAGAUUAAAUAAUGAAGUCGAGCAUGGAGACCUUUUUGUAAUAUAAUAUACAACUGGACAACUAAUAAUACUAAAAACACAACACGUUGUUUACUUUGAAAACUCUUCUGCUAUGCUGACUGACAAGUCUCUUCUCUUAGUUUUCUUUCAGUCUCCAUUGUUUUAUUUUAUUUUUUUUAAGUUUCAGUCUCCAUUGUUGUUUCUUCUCCAACCUCCCAUUUUAUACUCUGGGUUGCCGUCUCCUGGCAAACUUGACACGGUUUUGGCCGGCCAUAAGAUGAAGAGAUAAGAUUUGUAUGUCCUUUAAGUUUCAGUUAUAUGGGUGUUUUUGGUUUUAGUUAUCAAUGAGAAAUCUAUCAUCAUGGCCUUUUUUUAUCGUCUUUUUAGCAUUUGGGAUCUGUGUAGUUUUGGUGUCUGGCCAGUGUCAGGGUAAUCAGCAGUCAUGGUUACUCCAACUCAAGAACAAUCUCAUAUUCAAUUUUACCUUAUCUGUAAAUCUGUCUCAGUGGAAUCAGAACACAGAUUGUUGUAAUUGGAGUGGUGUAGAUUGUGAUGAGGCCGGACGUGUUAUUAGUCUCAACUUAAGCAAUGAAUCGAUCUCCGGUGGACUUGAGAAUGCAAGCGGUCUGUUCAACCUUCAAUAUCUGCAGAGGCUAAAUUUGGCUUUCAACAAGUUCGAUGCAACUCAAAUUCCAUCCAGGUUGGCCAAUCUCACGCGUUUGACUUAUCUGAAUCUUUCUAAUGCUGGCUUCGCAGGACAGAUUCCCAGUUCGAUUUCGAGCAUGACUAAGUUGGUUAUACUUGAUUUGUCAAGUCUUAUCUUCACAGGAUCUUCUGUCCUGAAGCUCGAGAAUCCAAACUUGGGCACGUUUCUGCAGAACUUGACAGAGAUUAGAGAACUGUAUCUUGAUGGCGUAAACAUAUCAGCCCAGGGAAAUGAAUGGUGCCAAGCUUUAUCCUUUUCACUGCCCAGUCUGCAAAUUUUGAGCAUGUCCAACUGUUUUCUUUCAGGCCCUGUAGAUUCGUCCCUUGGAAAACUUCAGUCACUCUCAGCAAUUCGUUUGAAUCAGAACAAUCUAUCGUCCCAAGUUCCAGACUUUUUGGCGAAUUUCCCGAAUUUGACCUCCUUGCAUCUCAGUAAUUGUGGGCUGCAAGGUACAUUACCAGAUAAGAUACUGCAGCUACCAACGCUGGAGUCUCUUGAUUUAUCACUUAACAAUUUACUUCAGGGAUAUUUGCCACACUUUCCUCCAAAUAAUUCUCUUCAAAUCUUGAUUCUCCAAGAAACAAGUUUGUCGGGGCCACUUCCAGAUUCCAUUGGAGAGCUUAAAAAUUUGUCGAGAUUAGAGCUGGCAAAAUGCAAUUUCACUGGACCAAUUCCCACAUCAUUGGCUAAUCUCACCCAACUUGUUUAUUUGGACUUGUCAUGGAACAACUUCACUGGUCUAGUCCCACCUCUUCAUAUGUCCAAAAAACUCUCCUAUCUAGAUCUCUCUCAAAAUCAUUUGAGUGGUGCAAUCUCCUCCACUGAGUGGGAACAGCUUUUGUAUCUUGCUUAUGUUGACUUAGGGAACAAUUCACUUGAAGGAAGAAUCCCCUCAUCUCUGUUUUCAAGGCCAUCGCUGAAGCAGCUUCAGCUAUCCAACAACCAAUUGGAGGGCCAAGUUCCUGAAUUUUUAAAUCCAUCCACCUCCUUUUUGGAUAUCCUUGAUCUAUCUGCCAACAGAUUAGAAGGGCAUAUUCCUAUGUCCAUCUAUGAACUCAAACAACUGAAUAUCCUCUUACUUUCUUCCAACAAGUUCAAUGGCACUGUUCAGCUAGAUAUGGUUCAUAAGCUUAGCAAUCUCACUAGGCUUGACUUUUCAUACAACAGCUUAGUAGUGAAUGCUAGUAGUGGUAGCUCUUUCCCUCCCAAGAUUAGCACAUUGAAGUUGGCUUCUUGCCACCUAAGAAUGAUUCCUGACCUAAAGAACCAAACAAACCUAUAUUAUUUAGAUCUUUCUGACAACCAAAUCUCUGGACAAAUACCAAACUGGAUGUGGCAAGUAGGUAAUGGCAGUCUCACCCAUCUAAACCUUUCACAUAAUCUCCUGGUGGGUCUGCAAGAACCAUAUAAUCUUUCCAAUCUCAGUGUCCUUGACCUACACUUCAACCAGCUCCAAGCAGAUAUCCCAAAGCCACCAAUCAAUGCAUAUGUGGAUUACUCAAGCAACAAAUUUUCUUCCAUGACAACUGACAUUGGAAAUUUACUCCCAUUCACCAUAUUCUUUUCCCUGUCUAAUAAUUCCCUCAGGGGAACUAUCCCUGAAUCAUUAUGCAAUGCUACAUACCUUCAAGUUCUUGAUUUGUCAAACAAUUCUUUCAGUGGCACAAUACCAACAUGUUUGAUCCAAAAUAUUGAGAGUCUUGGUGUUCUAAAUUUGAGGAGAAACAAACUCACAGGCACUGUUCCAGAUGCAUUUCCAGGAAAUUGUGGAUUACAAACUUUAAAUGUCAACAAAAAUCAUCUUGAUGGAAAGGUUCCAAAAUCUCUGGCCAAUUGCACGUUCCUGGAGGUUUUAGACCUGGGAAACAACCGGAUCAAUGAUAUCUUCCCAUGUUGGUUGAAGAAUGUCUCCAGUUUGAGAGUCCUGGUACUGCGAUCCAACAAAUUUUAUGGAAAAUGUUGUCCAGAGAUUAGUGGCUCCUGGUCAAUGCUUCAGAUAGUGGACUUAGCUUCCAACAAUUUUAGAGGACAACUUCCGGCAAAAUGCUUAACAAAAUGGGAGGCUAUGAUGGCUGACGAUGACAAAGCCCAAUCAAAUCUCAAACACCUUCAAUUCGAGUUCUUGAGUCUCAGCCAGUUGUACUAUCAGGACACAGUAAAACUCACCAUCAAAGGUCUAGAGAUAGAGCUAGUGAAGAUUUUAAAUGUUUUCACCUCCAUCGACUUGUCAGGCAACAAUUUUGAAGGGCCAAUACCAGAAGAGAUCGGACGAUUCAAAUCACUCUAUAUUCUCAAUAUGUCACAUAAUGCUCUCACAGGACCCAUACUGUCAUCUCUAGGGAACUUGCGAAUGCUGGAAUCGUUGGACUUGUCAAGGAACAAACUGAGUGGUGCAAUCCCUUCUCAGCUUACAAGCCUGUAUUUCCUUUCGGUCCUGGAUCUCUCAUAUAAUCAGUUAGUAGGAAGAAUCCCAGUUACUAAUCAAUUUGCAACAUUCUCAUCAGAUUCCUAUGAAGGUAAUGAAGGAUUAUGUGGCCCUCCUUUGACAGAUAAUUGCACAACAAAUUCAAAUCAGUUACAGCCAUCAGCACCAGCUUCGAGUAAGGAAUUUGAUUGGGUAUUCAUAGUCAUUGGAACUGGAUUUGGGAUAGGCUCAGCAGUAUUGGUGGCACCCCUGAUAUUUUCAGACAAAGUAAACCAGUGGUACGACGACCACAUCAUUGACGAUGUCCUAAUGGCGAUCCUUCCAAUGUUUGGGUUGAUGUACAAGACUUCUCAUCAAAGAAUAAUCGAAGCAGAGGAAGAUUUGGAAGACGAAAACGCAGAUGAAGACGAAGAAGAUUGCGAUGAAACGGGGACUGAAGAAUUUCGCGGGCGGUAUUGUGUGUUUUGCUCAAAACUCGACGUUACAAGGAAAAGGGUUGUUCACAAUCCUGAGUGUAUUUGUCAUUACCAGCCACUGCCCAUGUCUUCUUCUACUUCAACUUCAUCCUCAUCUUCUUCAUUGGCACAUUCCGAGAAAACUUAAGCUUUGAUCUUUUUGCUCUUUUGUAUUUUGUUCUGUACAUACAAUACAAAAAGCAUCAACCCUAGAGCAGGGGUGAUAGCGACAGAAACUGAAAACAUAACUGUGUCACGUUGUAUGAAACGGAGUGUAUCAAUUUUGGUGCUUCUGGUUUUCAA